CCGCCCCUCACCGCAGCCCCUCUGUCGUCAUUUCCUGUGGGUCUGCGGGCAAAGGGAGAAGAUGGCGGCGCUGGGGGAACCUGUGCGGCUGGAAAGGGAUAUUUGUAGAGCAAUUGAAUUGUUGGAAAAACUACAAAGAAGUGGAGAGGUACCACCACAGAAACUUCAGGCUUUACAAAGAGUUCUGCAAAGUGAAUUCUGCAAUGCUGUAAGAGAGGUAUAUGAACAUGUCUAUGAGACUGUGGACAUCAGCAGCAGCCCAGAAGUCAGAGCUAAUGCCACUGCAAAGGCUACUGUUGCUGCAUUUGCUGCCAGCGAAGGACAUUCUCAUCCUCGAGUUGUUGAGCUACCCAAAACAGAAGAGGGCCUGGGAUUCAAUAUUAUGGGAGGCAAAGAACAGAACUCUCCAAUCUAUAUAUCUCGAAUAAUUCCGGGUGGAAUUGCUGAUAGACAUGGGGGCCUCAAGCGAGGGGAUCAACUUCUUUCUGUUAAUGGAGUGAGUGUGGAAGGAGAACAUCAUGAAAAAGCUGUAGAACUGCUGAAAGCAGCCCAAGGAAAGGUUAAAUUAGUGGUACGAUAUACACCCAAGGUCUUAGAAGAAAUGGAGUCACGCUUUGAAAAAAUGAGAUCGGCCAAACGCAGGCAACAGACUUAAUGCAGUUUAAAACUUUGUAUUCCAUUUUGCUUUUAGCUAGAGAAGUUUUACUUGUGACCUACUGAUGGCCGCAAUGCCAAUGAUUGUAAAAAAACAAACAGAAACUUCCUGUGAAAUGCUCCUUGCCAUUUUAUAAAUUCCUAUUUUAACAUCAUUUGUGGUUCCAGAGAUGCAUAUACUUUUUUCUGACAAGAAAAAGUAAAGGUGAUGAGGGCACUUCUGUCCUGCUCUUUUUACAGGCUUUUUUCAAAUGCGGAUUUUGUCAUAAAAUUGUUAUAGAUUUUUAAAAAUGCUUUUUUAAUAUUAAGAUGUACUUUUACAUUCUUAAUCUUUUUUUAGAAAAAGUUUUCUUCAUUUGGCUGCUUAUUUAAAAAGAACAGUUCUCCAGUUCUUUUCUUGCUUACUCAGUUUUUUUUUUAACCUGUAAAAUUCCUUUACGGUUUUCCAAGACACUAAACAGUUUCAGCUACAGCAUUUGAUUACACUGUCAAUGUUAACAUCACUGCUGCAUUUUCUACUUCGAACACACGUAUAUAAUCACUGGCAAGUCAUAACUCAGCACAGUGGAAGUUUUUUACUUUUAUUUAACAUAAUGUAUAAUGAAUAGUCAUUUAUACUGAUUUAUAAAAGUUUUUAAACACUGAAACAAUCAUUGCUAAAAUAUGUAUUCUUUCAUAAUAUUUGAGCAGCAAGGCAAGAUGAUGUAAUUUGAUUUUUAGCAUUACAGAUUACAUCUCUUUAUAUUCAACAGUUAUCAAAUUACAAAUGCAAAAGCAAGUUCAGGUUUCAGCUUUUACAAUUUUUUUUAAUGCUGUUCAUUUUUAUGUAAAUAUAUUUCUUAUAUUUUGGUCCUUCCAUUCCUAAAGAUGAAUCAGUUAGUUUGUGGUGGGAAAUAGCAGAAGCAAAAAAGAGCAAGUAUUACUUUAACCUCACUAGCCUCAAGAGUUACACUCUCUUACUAGCUCAGUUUAAAGAAUUGAUUUUAAAUAGGAUUAUAGAAGGAUGUAUUGACGAUAUAUAGAAAUUAUGAGGCGAUGUAUUCAUAAGAAUCUGCAGGCUCUUUGUCAAAAUGAAUAGGAACUUAAAAUGGUUGAAUUUAGAGAUGUGACCUUGUUUAUGAUUCAGAUAUGAUGAAUUUUGAGAGAUACUUUGAUUUGUCCACUGGAUGUCACUAUUUUACUGAAAGGCAGCUAUUAGUGUAAGACUGACUAAGGUCUUUGUAAAGGCUGAAAUUAAGGAGUUGAGGUUCAUUUUCAGUCACAACUUAUAGGAACAUUUGUAUGGGUUUUUUUUUUUUUUUAUUUUAAGUGACAGAUGCUAAAAAGAAGGUAAUGGUUAGAAAUAUAUAAGGAAUUUAGACCCUGUGUAAAAAGGGGGCAUUUUAUAACAUUCCUUCAGGAUGACUAGAAAUGUAUACCUUUUUCUGCAUGUUUGUGAGCACUGUGACUCUUAAAAGAUUAUUCCAAUGUUCAAUGAUUUUAAGAAUAAAAGUCAAUCAGCAUAGUUAUUUAUCAUUUAGGUAUCGAACACUGGAUUGCAUGGUUGAAUGUGUCUUUAGUCCACUAUAAAAUGUGCUUGUUAUUGAUAGGAUCAUGUUGUUAAAUUGUAUAUUUUCAAAAUUCAUUGUUGUUUUUAAAAUGUCGAGACCAAAGUAGCAUAGAAAAAUUAUGGACUUAUUUUAAUUUAAUUGUAAAAUUAUUAGAGGUAUUUGUUGUAGAGCUUUAUAUAUUAAAGAGAGGUAUUGGUGCAUAUAAAAACAGUAAUAUUGUUAUGCUCGUUUUCUUGCAUUACAGGGUAAGGAAACCCUAAAGAAAUCUUAUUUUAGUAUAGCUACAGCUGCAGUAGCUUUUAAGGGUGUGUCAACAUUUCAUUAUAAAUUAUAGCUUCCUGGUUCAGUAUCUCAGCUGUUUCAGAACUUGCAGCCAAGUUAAAUCUUUUUUGGUGUUGAAACUUAGUAAGUUGAGUAAGCUAUUUUUUUUUCCUUCUUCUACAGUAAUUCACAAUCUGUUCUUUGUGUGGGUUGGCACUUAUUUAUAAUUCUUAAAAUAAAGAUAGCUUAAAGGAGCCAGAUACAGUAGUUUUGCUUGCUACUGUUGAGCAUGAGUAGCAGUAGUUUGUUUUCAUUAAUGCAGUUUUCACAGUGUACCCCAGAAUUUCAAAUCCUGACCAUAGAAAAAGUCAUUCAGUGGCAAAGAUGAACAGUAGUGGUUUAGUAUAGUGAGGAAAUGAAGGGAUUUUUCAUCUUAUAAAUAACUGUAUGAUUCAUGAACAUAAGUAGGAACAUAGUAUAUAAUAGGUGUUUGAUUUGUAAAUUAUAUAUAUAACUAUUGCCCCCUCCCCAGUUUCCAUUUAUUGGGUCGUCGGGAAAGUCAUGACGUAUUUUUGCAUUGAAAAACAGAAAAAUACAUCAUGACUUUCCCGACCACCCAAUAUUUUCUUGGUAUUUCAAAAUGAAUUGACUCAGUGAUUCUGAACCUUAGCUGCAUAUUAGAACACCCUGCAGAACUUAAAGAAAUGUUGAUUCCUGAGUCCCAUCCCACACCAACUAAAUCAGAAUUUCUGAGGGUAGGGCCAACACUAUUUUUUUUUUUUUAAGGUUUCUGGGUGGUUCUGAAGGACUUAUAGGAUUGAGAACCACUGAUUUCCCCCUUUAUAAAAUGCUCUAAUUACACUGGACUAUAUUUGGAAGUAUCAGAAUAAAAUAAUUCAAUUUACAGCUACUGUUAAGUAGCAGCAAAUAUAAUGAUUGUUUAUAGUCUUAAUUUCUUGAGGAAUAAAAGGUACUUGGCAUUCUUUAUUUGGGAAGUAAUCACAACCCACCUUUCUCCUUUUUUUUUUCAAAUAAAAUCUACCAGUAGGUUAAAUGUAAACAUUUAAUGUCUGUCAUGUUUUUGUGUGUGCUUUGCCUUUUUAAAACUUACAAAGAUAAAUGUUUAUUAUUUGAGGAAGCAUGUGUACAAACUGCAGAUGAGAAAUAAUGUCAUUGAUAAUUAUAUGCUGUCUUAACUUGGCCACUUACUAGCAUAAUAAUAGAUUAUAGUGGCCUGGUUUUUUGGGGUUUGGUAAUUCAGAUGUGUUUUUUAAAAAUCAUUGUCUUCUACAUUUUUGAAAGUUAUUUUGUUCAAGUACUUAAGUAGUUUGGCUCAAGUACUUUGUUUACAAUUUAUAUGGAUAUUAUAGCAUUUAAUAGAAGAAAUGGCCAUGGCUUAUCUGAAAAGAAUGUCAGCAUGACUUGGUGUGGACUUAAAAGAAUACAUGUUGUGCAUAUUUUAUAAUGUGGAAUGAUCAUUGAAAUAUCAAGGACUCUAGUAAUUGUAUUUCCUGAAUAAAUGUAUGUUUAUGAAUUUUCUAACAUAUUUAGUUGUCUCCUUUGCUAACAAUCUGGUUUUAUACUUUUCUUGUUCAAAAUUUCACUAAUAGUGUUUUUCAAUCAUCGCAGUUCUGUAAUGGUUAAAUAGUGGGAAAAAAACAAAUUGCUUGCUCACUAAUUUUCAAGAACUUCCAAACUGAUUUGUAUCUGGACAUAGUUUUAAAAAAAUAUUAGCAAACAGUAUGCUUCUAUUUUAAUUCUUUUUUGAGGUAAAGAAAUAGAAUACCCAAAAUGGAUUUAACACUUUUUCAACAGAUGACUUCAUUUAUCAACUUAAUUCUGAUUCUAAGGCUUAUUUAAAAUAAAUUUGUAUUACCCCUUGUUCUUUGGAUUUGAAAUAUAUAACUGCACAACAGAUGUGUUUCUGAACGCUGUGUAUAAAUACUUUUAAAUGAGGUAAAAGCAAAAUCUAUGGUGGUUACUGGAAUAAAACUUCAAAUUCCUAUA